CGAGCAGGGGAAGGGGCUUACGAGAGAGAGGCUCCCGCUGGACAAAGUUUUCCAAAGUUUUCCGAGUGUGAUGGUUGCGGAGAGAUCAAAUCCACCAGCUUGACUCACGGCUUCAUCUCACCACCCCUUGAGCAGCCCCUAAGCCCGCUGUAAAGGAACAAACAAACAAACAAACAAACAAAGUUACACCCCGAGUCGCCUCGUGUCUCCUCUCUCUUUUAGGCAAUCUUUUCCCCGCCUCUCUCCGCUCCCCUCGCAGCCUCCACUCCCCUUCCCUCGGCCCCUUCCUCUGUCUCUGUUUCGGCUGGAGGUGCCAGGACCCUCGGCCGCAGCCUCCCCUCCCCCGCCGAUCCGGUCAGGCCCUCCCCUCCCCCGUCGCGGCCGACACAGCCAAUCCCCCGAGCGGCAGCCAACAUGCUCUUUGAGGGCUUGGAGCUGGUGUCGGCGCUGGCCACCCUCGCCGCGUGCCUGGUGUCCGUGACGCUGCUGCUGGCCGUGUCGCAGCAGCUGUGGCAGCUGCGCUGGGCUGCUACCCGCGACAAGAGCUGCAAGCUGCCCAUCCCCAAGGGCUCCAUGGGCUUCCCGCUCAUCGGAGAGACCGGCCACUGGCUGUUACAGGGUUCGGGCUUCCAGUCGUCCCGGAGGGAGAAGUAUGGAAACGUGUUCAAGACACACUUGCUGGGGCGCCCGCUGAUCCGGGUGACCGGCGCGGAGAACGUACGCAAGAUCCUCAUGGGAGAGCACCACCUCGUGAGCACCGAGUGGCCGCGCAGCACGCGAAUGCUGCUGGGCCCUAACACGGUGGCCAAUUCCAUCGGCGACAUCCACCGCAACAAGCGCAAGAUCUUCUCCAAGAUCUUCAGCCAUGAGGCCCUGGAGAGCUACCUGCCCAAGAUCCAGCUGGUGAUUCAGGACACGCUGCGCGCCUGGAGCAGCCAGCCCGAGGCCAUCAACGUGUACCAGGAGGCGCAGAAGCUCACUUUCCGCAUGGCCAUCCGGGUGCUGCUGGGCUUCAGCAUCCCUGAGGAGGACCUCGGGCACCUCUUUGAGGUCUACCAGCAAUUUGUGGAGAAUGUCUUCUCCCUGCCCGUCGACUUGCCCUUCAGUGGCUACCGGCGGGGCAUUCAGGCUCGACAGAUCCUGCAGAAGGGGCUGGAAAAGGCCAUCAGGGAGAAGCUUCAGUGCACCCAGGGCAAGGACUACUCGGACGCGCUGGACAUCCUCAUCGAGAGCAGCAAGGAGCAUGGGAAGGAGAUGACCAUGCAGGAGCUGAAGGAUGGGACCCUGGAGCUGAUCUUCGCGGCCUAUGCCACCACGGCCAGCGCCAGUACCUCGCUUAUCAUGCAACUGCUGAAGCACCCUGCCGUCCUGGAGAAGCUGCGGGAGGAGCUGCGGGCCCAGGGCAUCCUGCACAGUGGCGGCUGCCCCUGCGAGGGCACCCUGCGCCUGGACACGCUCAGCGGGCUGCGCUACCUGGACUGUGUCAUCAAGGAGGUCAUGCGUCUCUUCACACCCAUUUCUGGCGGCUACCGCACCGUGCUGCAGACCUUCGAGCUGGAUGGUUUCCAGAUUCCCAAAGGCUGGAGUGUUAUGUACAGCAUCCGGGACACCCAUGACACGGCACCUGUGUUCAAAGACGUGAACGUGUUUGACCCUGACCGCUUCAGUCAGGCACGAAGUGAGGACAAGGACGGCCGCUUCCAUUACCUGCCGUUUGGUGGCGGGGUCCGGACCUGCCUGGGCAAGCACCUGGCCAAGCUGUUCCUGAAGGUGCUGGCGGUGGAGCUGGCCAGCACCAGUCGCUUUGAGCUGGCCACCCGGACCUUCCCCCGCAUCACCUUGGUCCCUGUUCUGCACCCCGUGGAUGGCCUCAGCGUCAAGUUCUUUGGCCUGGACUCGAACCAGAACAAAAUUCUGCCUGAGACAGAGGCUAUGCUGAGCGCUACCGUCUAGUGGAGCUCAGGCCCAUAGCCACCUCAGCCCAGCCGGGCAGAGGGCGGGGGGUGACAGAGGUAGAAACCUGUGUGUGGGAGGGGGCUGGAGCCCGGGAGGGUCAGUGGCCCCCAUGCUUGUCAUCCCCCAGGCACCUGUCCCUGGCAAACCCUACCCAAAGCCAAAAGGGUCACGUUCUUUCAGGGGACAGGGCUCCCCUCCUGGCUCCUCCUUUCUCCAGAGUCCCCUCACUUCCCACCAGCUUAGCUCCUGGGAAAGGGCCUGACUGGCUCUGCAUGCCUGUUACAGUGUUAAGUGUCAGUUGGCUGUGCUGCAGUGUGUACCUGUGACCUUCUGAACUGGUUCCCUCCUUUGUCUUUUAGUUGGCGGCCAGGUGGUGGUGCUGGGGGCGGGAGGAACAGAGGCCCCCACCCCGUGCUCUCCUCAGCACCCACCCCUCUGCCAGCGCUCGGACAGUGCUCCUCGUGCUGUGGCUGGCAGAGAACAGCACCCUGGGUGACCCAACACAAGUCAGCUUGGGCUGGGCAGGGGCUGCCACCAGCCUGGAGAGCACCUGCUCCCCGGCCCUGCCAGUUUGGACAUUUGAAAUUACCUAUUGCUGCUACUUGUUCUCUCCUCUGACCUUGGGGUGAGGAGCCCCAGGCCUGAUCCCCAGCAUUCUCCCUGGUGGCCCUGGGCAGGUGCACUGACAUCCCGACCCUUCUCCCAGGCGGGACCCCACUGAGCCAGGCGCUCCCUGCUCUACGUACUGAACUGAGGCCCUGGGCUUUCCCACUGCCCACACCCCCACUCCUCCUGAAUCUGUAUUUAUUCACUGAUCUUGGCCAUACUGACUUCUGAAGCAAAUAUCUCCUCCACUCACUAGCCUCCAUCUCAGCUGUCCUUCUCAGGACUUCUGUGAAUGAAGAGGAAGGGGUCUCUGGUCAAACCCGUUCCCCGACCCUGCCAACCCCCACCCCCUUGCCAGAAGCUGAGCUGAACAGCCCUCUGAGGCUCCAAAUUAUUUGGUUUAACUUCAGAGCCUCACUCUUAGCUGAAAUCCAGUGUCCGCCUGUUGUCACCUGGUGGAGAUGGGGACAUAGCCCAUUGCAGCCUCCUGUCCUGUCAAAAGCCCCGAACGUGCAGAUUUGGAGGAUACCACAGUCUCUUACUUGGCCACUAUUUGCCCCAGUGCCCCCCAACUCUGCUAGUGAAUAUGGGGCAGGAUACGGGUUCUUCUGACGGAGCUCGAGGCCUCCGUCUUCCUUUCCUUAACCCUUACCCUUUGACCUUAGCCCUUGGGAAGGUAUCCUUGAAGUCCCUUCCACCUCUACACCAAGCCACUGUCUGCUGAAGCCCAGCUCAGGGGUGUGGGGAGGAGGAGGAGGCGAAAGCAAGGGAGGAGGAGGAGAGCCUCCCCCAGAGCUGACUCAGGCCCUCGUGUGGUCUGGAGGCCCUGGGGGGAGGCUGAGCAGAGCCGAGGAGGAGGGUACGUGUGAUUUGUCAGAAGUGAUUUGGUUGCGAGUGGGCCAGUUGGGACGACUGGGUGAAAGAGGAGCAGCUCCGGCCUCUGGUAUUGUGAGCGUUGGCCGUUGGGACCCCUCUUGGGAGUGGUUUUGAGGGCUGUUGGUGAGUUUCUAAGCAUAUUUGUCUGUUUUCAGAUUUUUCACUGCUUUCUGUGUUUUCCUGUUGCUUUUUGAUGUUAUAAAAGCAAUGAGUGCAAAAAAACAAAAACAAAAACAAAAACACAGAACAAAUGAAAGCAACAACAACAAAAACAACCUAGAAGGAAGGAUCCCCCAACUGCUAGGGUGAGCAGCUCAGUGACCCCGGCUCGUGGUGUCCAGUGGAGACCCACAACAGACCCCACCUACAUCUCCCCAAAGGGUCCCUGAUCAGGAAUGGGGCCACACCACACAGAAUGUCCUAUAAUCGCCAAUUCCCAAAUGUUUCAUUUGUUCCCUGUUUUUUUUUUCUUCCCACUACUAAAAUCAGUGUGGAACAGACAUUGGUGGCAAAGAUGGUGGGAUUUUUUUUUUUUUUUAACAUUAGCAAAAUCCCUCAAUCUUCUCUCCCAAUUCUGAAAAAAACAGGCCAAAAUGUGUACAGACUCGCCAGAGCUUGCAGAAGAGCUACCUGCAUGGUGCACCAGAAUCUGUCACCAGGAGAGCCCAGGGUCCGGAAGGUUGGGUUUCCUUUAAGCGGAUCCCACUCGCCCUGAACCCACCGUUGCAGACCGAGUGUUUGGGAGUGCGGCAAGUCUGGCCCUGGCGAGGGGCAGGGGGCUGCAGGAUUCUGGAAGGUCUCCGUGGCCUUCCCUUGGGGGGCCCGCCCGGGAGGAGGUGAAGGAGAAGCUGAGGGGGAUCCCUGGGAGGAAGCAAGGAAGGGUCGCUCGCUCCGCUGGGUCUCAGAGGCAACAGGCAGAGGAGCGAGGAAAGCUCUUGAUUGGCCGCCGGGAAGGGACGCCAGCUGUGACCACGCCUCCGCCUCGCCUCUGUAGCUGUGUCCAGGUGUCCGUGUCCCUGUGUCCGUGCGUGUGUUUUAUAGAGGUAGCGUUAGAUGGGUGGACGUUUUCUCUCUUACCAUUCCUAACUAUUGUAACUUGACGUUAAAAAGACAAAACCCCACAAAACUUCCUGCCACGGGCUUGCAGACUGAAGCACUUUCGAUGUUGGGCGCUGGCGUUUUGUGUUCUGGGCACCAUCCUGACCCCGCCCAGAUCGCUAUAAUAUUAUUUUAUACACGAAACUUUUUUUUUUUUUCAUAAAUGUUAUAAUUUUGUGUCUGUCUUUAUAAACUAUUAUAAGUACUAUUUUUGUUAUAAUUCAAAAUAGAUAUUUAGUAUAAAGUUUUUGCUGUUAAAUAUUUGUUAUUUAGUAAAAUAUGAAUUUUUCUCUAUUGUAAACAUGGUUCAAAAUAUUAAUAUGUUUUAUCACAAUUGUUUUAAUAUUGAAAAAGCACUUGUGUGUGUUGUUUUGAUAUGGAACUGGUGCCGUGUGUGUGUGUGUUUUUGCCGUCAUGUGGUUUUAAUCUGUAUAUAAUAUUCCAUGUUGCAUAUUAAAAAAAAUGAAUGUUGUGCAUUUUGUGAUCUUGGAAAUACUCAAUGUGGCUCUUUUAUAGGCUUCCAUAAUAAACAGUGGGGACUCACCCUUGUC